AUGGAAGAUGUUAAAUCGGAUGCUAUAUUAAAUAAGCAAAAUAGUCUUAACAACAAUACAGAUCUUGAUGGAAAAUAUGGCUACGAUUCUGCAUUGUCAUAUGCUGGUGGAUAUUCUUUAGCGUUUUAUGGAUAUUAUUGUAUUUAUUGUGUAUUCACUUGUUGUUGGUGUAGUUGCAUGUCUACAGAUUGUAUUUGUGUAACACUUGCAUUUAUAUUUAAUAUAAUUGGGGCUUGCAGCAGUAUACCACUUGCACUUCCAUAUUUAAAAGAUCAAAUUAUUGGUCCUGAUCAUCAAAUAAUUUCAUGUGGUCAUAUCGAGGUUUUAGAUUCAUGGUUAAAUGAUUGGUGUACUUUAAAUAAACUUCGUAUUAUAUUAUCAUGGCUACUUAUAUUGGCAAAGGGAUUAUUCUUAACUUGGUUAGAAAAACGAAAAGAAAAAUCAAUGCAACAAAAUGAAAUAGUAACUUAUAAUAAGAGUAUUAAGGAAGACACAACUGAUGAUAUUAAAAUAAUUACUGUCGAAUAA